AUGGAGUUUACCACGUUGUCAACGAGUGAUGAAGUGCCGCACUCCGGAUCUUGGAGGAGACUGUGGCCGGGGCACUAUGACAAAAUUUUGAAGGGUGAAGCUAUCUAUUUGGCGCAGUUCGCCAAUGGGGGUGGUGGCGCAUGCAAGUAUGUGUUCAAAUCGAAAUUGGAAUGGAAUGGCAUUCCAAAGUUGGUUUAUAGACACUGCAAGGACCAAUUCCCACUAGUGGGGGUAUUGGUCCACUCCGGCCGCCCAAAGGUUGUGGUGAAUCAACAGAUUACCAGUCGAGAUGAUGGUUUGGUGAAGGCGGUCUCUUGGUACUACUCAGUGUCAGGGAAAUACAUCACGUCUAAGUUCUUCUUUGUCACCGACAGGGUCUCGCAGAAGCAGUCGUUGGAAUUUUUGCUGAAGCACUUGGUUGAAAUCAACAAGGUCACGCCCGCGACAGAGCUGGCGCUGGACGACGAGAGUAUACGUCCAAAUGCUUUGAUCUUCAAACCAGAUCGAGUGCGUGAGAUUGAUGUUUCCAAAGAGGAAGACGAGUUGUGGGGCGCUGGAGAAGACAUCGAAUUAUCCGAGGAAGAAAACAUGCAUGAUUGA